ACAUCACUAUUUCUCCAACCCCCAUCGCCACCACCACCACCACCACUCGCGAACUAGACAGAAACCGCAAGAAACCAAACACCUUUUGGCUCCUCCACUAGUAGCAACUACUCGUUGUCGUCGUCGUCGUCGACUCGUCGUGGUAGUAGUAGUCUUCUUCGCGUGACGCCAUGGGAGGAGGAGGAGGAGUUGAGGCGGAUUGCGACAGGAUCAGGGGGCCGUGGAGCCCCGAGGAGGACGAGGCGCUGCGGCGGCUGGUGGAGCGGCACGGCGCGAGGAACUGGACGGCGAUCGGGCGGGAGAUCCCCGGGAGGUCGGGGAAGUCGUGCCGGCUGCGGUGGUGCAACCAGCUCUCGCCGCAGGUGGAGCGGCGGCCGUUCACCGCCGAGGAGGACGCCACCAUCCUCCGCGCACACGCGCGGCUCGGGAACAGGUGGGCCGCCAUCGCGCGCCUCCUCCAGGGCCGCACCGACAACGCCGUGAAGAACCACUGGAACUGCUCCCUCAAGCGCAAGCUCGCCGUCGCCACCACCACCACCACCACCACCACCGGCGCCGCCGCCGCGCCGGGAGUGGUCGCCGAUGCCGCCGAGCUCGUCGAGCGGCCGUGCAAGCGGUUCAGCCCCACGCCGGACAGCCCGUCGGGGUCUGGUUCCGGGUCGGACCGCAGCGACCUCAGCCACGGCGGCGGGUUCGGGCAGAUUUUCCGGCCGGUGGCGAGGACCGGCGCGUUCGAGCCCGUCGACUGCGCCAUCAGCCGGCGGCAGGAGGAGGAUCCCUUCACCUCGCUCUCCCUCUCGCUCCCUGGGACGGAUCAGCGGUUCAACCACGACAGCGCCCACAGCCACUUCCAAGAACUCCCGUCCUCCCCCUCGCCGCCACCACCACCUCCCCCCGCCGCCGCCGCCUCGACGACACAGUACCCGUUCACCCCGGAGUUCGCCGCCGCGAUGCAGGAGAUGAUCCGCGCCGAGGUGCACAAGUACAUGGCGAGCGUCGGCGUCCGCGCCGGGUGCGGCGACGCCGGCGGUGCCGACCUCCACAUGCCGCAGCUGGUGGAGGGCGUCAUGCGCGCCGCCGCGGAGCGCGUCGGGAGGAUGCACUGAUCAAAAACCUAGCGUCCAUUAGAAUCUCUACUAUCGUUUCAACUUUUUUUUUCCUUAAAAAUUUGUUUCCAAAACUGCUGUGAAAACCGAAACAGCAGUCCGAAACGGAAGAACCAAAAAAAAAUGCGAGGAGAGAUGGGAAAGAAAUGUUUCGAGCUACGAAAAAAAACCGAAAAGCUCGGCUACCUAUGUACAGGAAAUGGAAAUGGAAAUGCAAAUGGGGGAAGUGAGUGGUGAAUCAUGCAAAAAAAAAAAAAUCAGAAUUCACCAUUUUUGCUACAACUACUAGUGCUAGC